CCGCACUUAUCCCCCUUCCUCUCUCUCUCUCUCUCUUUCUUCCAAUGGAGAAACCAGACGCCUCAAGCUCACCAAUGACAGACCCAGAACAAGAACCAACUUAUACAUCUCAUCAUUUAACGAUUCCAUCCGGACUGACUCCAUCCGAGUUCGAAGAGUUAUCCCCACUCAUCUCUGAGUUCCACACAUACAGAAUCAAUCCCAGCCAAUGCUCUUCCUUAUUAGCACAGCGCGUAAACGCCCCAAACGACGUCGUAUGGUCUAAAGUCCGUCGGUUUGACAAGCCCCAGACCUACAAGCACUUUAUUAAGAGCUGCGCUGUUGAGCCUGGUUUUACAAUGACUGUGGGAUCCACCCGUGACGUCAACGUGAUCUCUGGUUUACCGGCUGCCACUAGCACGGAGAGGCUGGAUAUACUUGAUGAUGACCGACACGUCACGGGUUUUACUAUUAUUGGCGGUGAACACAGGCUCAGGAAUUACCGGUCUGUGACGACUGUGCAUGGGUUUCAACGUGACGGGAGGAUCUGGACGGUCGUUUUGGAAUCUUACGUUGUUGAUGUUCCUGAAGGUAACACCGAAGAGGAUACCCGUCUCUUCGCCGAUACAGUUGUCAAGUUGAAUCUCCAGAAACUGGCUUUCGUCGCUGAAGGGUUGGCUCGUGAUGCUGACGGUAAAUCGCAGGUGAUUUAGCAAAAAAUAACUGUAAAAAGAAAAACGAAAAACACCAAUAUAUUAUUAUUAUUAUUAU